CUUGUCAAGUCCUUGUUCCCAAACUUGACGCUCUCGUACUCUUUUAUUCGGAUUUUUCUCGCGAUCACCGUUCUUCUCAUGGCUCACUCGGUUGCUGUCAUACUUGCAAGCUGGAACAGUGGCUCUGACGACCAGGGACUACGAACCGCUACAAAAAUCACAUUCAACUAACCCAGUUUCUCAAGUACGUUUUGCCGUCCUCAAAGCCUUGCCACGCUGUCAAAUAUCAGGAAUAACUUCCCACAUCGGAAUGCUGAAGGCCGACUACACUUACAGAUGGCAUCACGAAAGAACAUGCCGUUUGCAUGUCAGACUUCAAAGACCAUGGGCUAGGGACCUCUCAGUACUAUAUAUAAUCGAUAAUUGAGCAUGCGCCACGAGCUUUCCGUUCUUCGAGGGAAAACUGGCAAAAUGACCUUGAACCGCUGUUUUUCGUUCCCAGUGUCUCGAUAGUCCUCCUCCAGGGACCAGAUGACGGGCAUCGAGUGUCUAUGUAUCCGGAAACUGGCGAAACCCGCAGUGGGAACUUCGUCUAGUGCACUUACUAGGUACUCACCCCAACCCCAACCCGUAACAACGCAAUCUCAACUUCAGAAAAUGAACGAGUCACAAAGUUUCAAAGUCUGUAACGUUGUUAUCAAACCGGAGCUUCGUGGGGUCCUUCGAGUGUUCGACCUGAAAAUUAACGUAGGGUAUGGCCAGGGGCGGCCCGCGGGAUUUUGGGUUUUAAUGGAAAGCGUUGUAUUCAGGAAUCGCGUGCCAGGGGACAGGAAUCGCGUGUGUGGUGUUGGGAAACGUCCUGGCGUGGUCACAGAUCUUCCUUCAAGAGAACGUAACUCCUUCAGGCCUCAGGUCCAAGGUACAGUUUUACCAAACGCUACGUCAAGCUACAAUGAUAUUUUAACGAAACCACCAUCGUUCACUUACUAAGACCUCCAGUCAUGCCUAGUGGGUCCAAGAAAAAAUAUUCUAUAUAGGUAGAUAAAAUAGACUCCUUGCUUCCGCUCAGUACACAUACAAGUUAUGACCUGCAUUUGACAGGUUCCACCAAUUUUCCUGCAACC